AGCACGAAACAAUCAAUGAAGUUGACAAAACUGAAGAAAUGAAAAAUGGAGACUCCCAUGGAGAUGAGGCUGUAGAAGAGAAAAUCACAGAAAAUGAUGAGACGAGGGAGCCUGAAGAAACGUUGGAAGGUGAAACAAAUUCUUGUCAGGUUACACCCGAGGAAUCGGAGGAGCACAGAACUGCUACAGAAGAAAAGAAAAUAAAAGAAGAAGAAUCAUUUGAAGAUGAAAAAAGCACACAAUCAGAGUGCACAAGAGAGCUUCAAGGUGUCUUGGAAGAUGGAGCAGUGGCGGUUCAUAUUCUCCCUGGUGAGACUUCAGCAGUUAACCUACAUACUGUACCCUCUACGAUGCCUUCUGAGGUCAAAGGAAAUGAAACAGAGGAAACAGAACUGAAAGAAGCUGAGAGUCUGGAGAAGAUUCGAGAACAAACAAGAGAUAUCAAGGAAGUCUCAAAUUUCAACGAGACAUGUGGAAGGGCUUCUGACAAUGAUCUACUCACUGAAACAGAGGAUGCUGCAAACGGAAAGAAAAUUGUCAUAACAAAUUACAUCGCAGUGAUCGAAGUUUUGAAAGAAGAGGUCAUGGAGGACAAGGAAGUUACUGAAACAUCUUAUUCAACUUCCCAUUUGGAAGAGGUGAUCGAAGAUGGCUCUGGAGAAAUUGAGCUAAAGGAUAAACUGAUUCAAGACAACAAGCUCAUUGUGGAAGUUCAAAAGACCAGUGAAAAUGAGAUAAUUGAAUACCAAAUCGAAAAUUGUCAUGCUUCAAUUUCCAGGAUUGAAACUAUAGCAGUAACAGAAGAGAAUGUUGAGCUGGAACCACCAGGUUUUGAAGAAAAGCCCGAAUCUGACUUGGAACCUGUGGUUGAAGACCAAAGCAAUGAAACACUCCCUGAACACACUAAAAGCAAAGAUGACGAAACCACAACUAAUGUUCAGAAUCAAGAGACUGAAGAACAGAUAAAAGAGGAACUGAAAGACAAAGUGGAGGCUGAAGGCAGUAUCAAUGGAGAACAAAACAAGAAUGAUGUUACCAAGGCUGUAAUCUUGUCUGAAGAGGUUGAUGGUAGCGAAGAUAUUAAAGAACAUGUCAUUGAGGAAGAAAGUAGCACAAAUGAACUUCAUCCAGCACCAAAAGGAGAUGAAACAACUAAUGAGGUUGAAAACUGCAGCUCAGUCUCAAUUGAACGUAUCGAGGCAGCUGAGUCUGAAGAGCGGAUACAAGCAGGAAACUCGGAGGAUGAAGAAAAUUCAACCAACAACAAAGAAGGAUCACACAUUACGGAAGAACUAGACGAAAGGAGACAGGAUGAAGAAUCCGGAGAUCCUGUAAAUGUGCACGGUGAAAAUAGAGAAGCAGAAGAAAAAGUUGAGAUUGUCGACGACUUGAAACUCAAUCAUGACAAGAGUCAUAGUGAAGCUGUGACAGAAGAAACAGCAGAGACAAGCUUAAACGACACACAGGUGAACAAGGAGCUCGUAAACACAUCAAAUAUCAGCUCAGCCAAGAUGAGUCUAAAAAAUAUUGAGAGUGAUGCUAAUCAAGAGACUGAAGAAGUGGAGAAGGUGCAGCUAGAAGAAAGAUCCUCCGACUUGGCACCCGAAGUCCCAACUAACAACAAUAAUGAAGAAGAGGUAAUCAAGAGAGAUCCAGAUAUGUUUUACAUGUCCGAAUAUCAGAUUGAAGAAGCUAAUAAUGACACAACAGAAAAACUGGAAGGUGAUAAAGUUGAAAUUGAAGGAGUACCUGAACCGUUGUCUGAUAGCGUACCCCCCAGAGUUGAAACUAUUCCCAAAGAUGAUAGUACUUCAACUAAUACUUUUCAGGAAGAGUAACCAGAGGAGCAACUUCAAAGGUCUCCCUACACAUUGCUUUCCUUUCCAAAUGAAG